GGUCUGGACCACAGCCCCCAGGAUGCACUGCGACCAUGAGGAUUUCCAUCAUGUCGGCUACCAGAAAUGCCAGCAGCAGCAGCAGCAGCAGCAGCGAGGAGGAGGAGGAUGUGGGGCGCCUCCGGGAGGCUGCCUGGGACCCGGUGCUGCAGCGAGCAGCAGCAGCGGCCCUGCUGGUGCCCAAAGGCGGUAACUUUAAGAAGAGCAAGUUGCCAUCCGCUGAACCUAGCAUCAGAGAGAAGGUCUCUGAUCACGGGCAGGAUGGGAAUGAGCUGCAGACCACUCCAGAAUUCCGAGCUCAUGUUGCAAAGAAAUUGGGAGCAAUUUUGGACAGCUCCAUUACUAUUUUGAAGCAUUCUCCAGGACCUGCACAGGAUGAUCUGCAGUCCUCAGAGACUGAGGACGAUGGCUUCCGCCUCUUCUCCUCAUCAGUGCCAGGAGACUGUGGGGAGCCAGAACCUCAGACUGUGGGAAGGCGGCGGCAGCAAUACUGCAGCUCCAGUGAGCAGGACAGUGACGAAGAAUGGCAGAGGUGCCAGGAAGCCACGGUGACAGCAGCAGACAUCCUGAAACAUAGCGGCCUCCCAGCAGCGCUCCAGAAUUCCAGCCAGGACCACCACUGCCCGGCCACGGAGCCCAGCCAGAAGAAGAAGAGGAGGAAAAAGAAGGCAAAAGUGAAUGGAGAGAACAGCAAUGAGUGGGAGGCCAGAGGAGCACAUCAUAACCAGGCUGAUGCUGGGACUGAGGGGCCCUCGUGCUUCGAUGGAGCAAGCAGGAGAGGAGAGAACACGAGUACGGAGGAUAUGGCAGUGAUGAAGAAGAGGAAGAAAAAGAAGAAAAGGGGGGAAGUGGAAAUAAGGAGGAAGUGAUGUUUUACAGACACUUGGUACUAGGAAGAGUUACCUGAUGUGGCCCUUGAUUGGUCUGGCCUGCAUUUAAGGAAACACAGUUGUUGUAUUUUAUCUUUUAUGGAAUCAAAGAACUUAGUUUGGCACUCCCUACCGCGAGGGAUGCCCUGUAAAAACGCAGGGGAAGCUCCCCAUGUUACAGAGAAUGAGGACUUGUUGGAGCUGCUUACUAGACUGCUCAGGUGGGCAGUGGGUGGGUAAGCCAUCCGCGGAUGACUCUCCUGGGUCCCAUCUUUUUUUCCUUGGGCCUGCGCAGCGUGUGAACUCCCAGGCUGCCCACUAGCCAUGGAUCGAGUUCUCCCAAGUGCUCGACAACUCUCUCUACUUUUAUAUUCUCAAGCCACAAAACCAAGAAGUUCAUCAGGCCCCUGCUCAGCUCAGCUGCCCCAUGUGGCCAGCGGGCUAUGAUCAACUUGGUGGGCAGGCUGAAUAGAAGUCGUUGUCGUCAAACACUGAUAAUGGCAGUGGAUGGGUGCUUUCCUGCCAGGCAUGUCACAGUUUGAUGCAGACUGAUUCCAUCUCCCCUAUAAGGUUGUCUCAGGGAUAUUUCUUUUUUUUAAAAAAACUAAAUAAUAAUUUUUAUUGAUUUUCUUUUUCUCAUAACAAAUAUCCAAUAUCAAUAACAUUCAUUUUCCAACCCCCCCCCUCCCUAUUGUCUUCCCUCAAUUACUGGUUUAUUAUGUCAAAUGUUACAUUCUGCUGUUUGUAUAUAGUACUAUGUUGUCACAUUGUGAAAUUUCUUGUUCUCUGUAAAUAAAAGUUGUAAAUAGCUGAGUGGGGGUGCUCGUGUAAUCUCACUGUAUACAAGUUGUACAAGUGACAAUAAAGAAUUUCAAUUUCAAUUUAUUUAAAUCCUGCCCGUGAGUCCAUGUUUCUUUUCCUGCAAAUAUGUUGUAAAAGGUUCCAAUUCUUUCGAAAUCACUAUUGUCCUUUUAACGCAGUUUAUCUAUUAACUUUGCCAACUCUGCAUAGUUCAUCAACUUUUCUUGCCAUUGUUCUUUUGAUGGUAUUUCUCCAGUCUUCCAGUUUUCUGCUACUGUAUCAAGAUUCUUGCUGCUGUUGUAGCAUACAUGAAUAAUGUCCGUUUUUCUUUCGGCAGCUUUUGCCCU